GCGCCCCUCGUGGGCAUUUAGUAGUAUGACAGGGGUCAGAUGAUCUUAGCUGCUUUGUAAAUAGACAUCAGCCAUUCACUGUAGCCAUGCCUUCAUAGGCUCUUUAAAUCCCUCCAGCUGAGCAGAUCCUUCCACUUGGACUCUACACUUUUUCUCGGCUUUUUUUCCCCGACCCGUUUUCGGUUUGUCAAAGUAUUUCUGAAACAUGUACCGGUCUCUGUACGCCUUCCGAUCGUCCGAGCCCAACUCGCUGCACUUCGCGGCCGGGGAGAGCUUUCUAAUCCUGGAGAGGAGCAACAAACACUGGUGGCUGGGGUCCCGCUGCAGCUCAGGGGAAACCGGCUACAUCCCGGCCUCUUACAUCGAAAAACUGCAGGCUCCGGAGCAAGAUGAGGUUCUGCAGUCCAUUGACCGAGCGAUCGAAGGCAUCCACAAUGUGGCCUUGAAGAAUGGGGGCAAAUACAAUCUGGAGCAGCGAGAUGUUCUACAAAAGCUGAUCCACCACAGAAAGGAGACCCUGGCUCGGCGAAGUUCCUCCUCCACUGGACACAGACUUCCUGCUUCCAACAGUGAAAUAUCCCUGAGCCAAACGCCUCCUCCUCCCAACGGCCUGAACCAGAACUACGGCAGACAGGGAAGCGUGCCGCUGUCAGGGAGCAUGGACAGCAUGCAGGCGGAGCCGGGCCUCUACCAGGUGCCGCCUCAGCCCCGGCGCGCCGCUCCGAUUACUCCCCCUCCGCCUGAGAAGCAGAGAAACAACCGGCGUCCAGAGCCAGAGGUCCCGUCCAGGGUGUCCUCCCUUCCCGCGUCACCCGCUCCCUCCCUCACCAUCAGCACCACCUCCACAGAGUCCGCCUCCCGCUCCUCCCUGGCCACCUCUGACAUCAGCCUGCCCAGCGCCGCCAGCACCCCUCCUCCUCCCGUGCCGUCUCGCGUCAAGCCCCCCAUCCCACCCUCGGACGUCCAGCCGUCUGACUCUCCUCCCGUGCCGGCUCCUGUGAAGAAAAGCCCGGCGCCGCAGCCUCCACAGCUCCCGCAGCUCCCGCAGUUCUCCGAGCCCGCCCACCCCAACGCCGCCCCCGCCCAGCUCUCCGUGGCGGACACGGCGGGGCCCGAAUGGCCCGUGGCCCCCCCGUCUGUGGCCGGGAGCCCUCCUGGCAGCCCCUCGGCCUCCGAGCCGGUUCCCAUGACGAUCAGCGCCGAACUGAUCGAGCUGGUGCGGAAGAACACGGGGCUGAGCUUCGAGCUGUCGCGGGUGGCUGUGGGCGUGGUGGUGGGCCACCUGCAGACCGCCCUGCCGCAGGCGGCCGCCGCUCUGGAGCGGGUUCUCCUGUCGCUGGUGGAGAGCAAGGACUUGAGUGCAGCGCUGCCGCAGGGUCAGGUGUGUCACGACGAACAGCGUCUGGAGGUCAUCUUCAGUGACCUCGCCCGUCACCGUGACGACUCCCAGCAGCGCAGCUGGGCUCUUCAUGAGGACCACGCCCUCAUCGCCUGCUACCUGGAGGAGCUGCUAAAGAUACUGACUGAUGCAGAUCCAGAAGUGUGUAAGAGGAUGUGCAAGUCCAACAACUACGAGAAUGUUCUGUCGCUGGUUUCAUAUUAUCAGAUGGAGCACCGUGUAUCUCUGCGGCUGCUGCUGCUCAAAGUGUUUGGAGCGAUGUGCAGCCUGGACGCGGUGCUCAUCUCCACCCUGCUGAACUCCAUCCUGCCCAUGGAACUGGCCAGAGACCUGCAGACAGACACACAGGAACACCAGAAGAUGUGCUACACAGCUUUGGUAUUAACUAUGAUAUUCUCGAUGGGAGAGCAGGUGCCGUAUCACCACUACGAGCAUCUUAGCGCUGAAUUUGUUCGUUUCCUGUUGGGUGUGGUGGAGGACGGGUUGCCCUCUGACCCCACUGAGCAGCUGCCGGACAUCUUCCUGAACCUUCUGCUGGCCUUCAACCUGCACCACACGGUGCCGAGCAACAAUGCAAUAAUGCAGGAGCUGAAGCAGAAAAACGUCAAGGCCCUGACAGAAAAGGUGCUGCUGCUUCUGAACAGAGGAGAGGAUCCAGUGUGCAUGUUCAAACACACGCCGCCUGUGCCUCACUCUGUGCUCAAGUUCCUGCAGGAUGUCUUUGCUAGCAGAGAGACCGCCAACAUCUUCUAUCGCACCGACAUGAUGGUGAUGAUAGACAUCGCCGUCCGACAGAUUUCUGACCUGUCUCCCGGAGACAAGCUGCGGAUGGAGUACCUCUCCCUCAUGCACUCCAUAAUGCACUCCACGGACUAUCCGGAGCACCAGCACCGCCUCUCUGACCUGCAGGGGUCGCUCAAGAGGAUUCUCAGGGAGGAGGAAGACCCUGGAGAGGACGAAGGGAGCGCCACGGCCAAACACAUGGAUAAGCUAAUUGUGCAGCAGAUCUUCAAGGAGUUCCCACAGAUCUGCGACAACCAGAACUGACCAUAUCCGUGUGGUGCACAUUCACACGCUGUAGUUUCGCUCCCGUCUGCUGAAGGUGGGGUUUGCUGGAAGACUGAUGGUUUCUGCACCAGCUGAGGAAAAGAACAACAGGCUCUCCGGGGAUGCACUGUGCAUGUUUCUACAUUUCACCAGUUAGUUAGUUUAAAUGAUAGACAAUUCUUUAGCGUUUUAAAGGAUGUUGAGAAUAUUAAAAACUCAUAAAGUACAGUUAGCCAAAAGUAAUUGCCAAGCAGCUCUUGAAGUGAAUUUAAAAGCAAUAAGAGUCUCAUAUGGACUAACUGUAUGUGCUUUGUCAGAUAAAAUCUACUGCAAUCACAGCUGAGUCUUAUUCUAACCAAACUAACUUAAACCAAAUAGCUUUCAGAGAAAAUAUCAAGAGACAAAUCUGUAGUUUGUUUCAGUGCCAGAGAAAAAACUUUUGCGAGCUUCCCUUCGUAGAGGGACCAAACUACUGGGUGUUACGGAGAGUAUUAUUUUCUUAAAUAGUCACUGCACUUCUACCCCUGACUUUUUGUGCCAUAAAACCUCUCAAUAUUUACACUUAAAGCAAGUUUACUUCCUGACUUAGAAAGGCAAAGCACACUCAUCUCUACAGACCUCAUGGCUGCUUCUGCUCCUCUGAACUCUGCUACAUCCGCCUCCUUCUGCUACAUUUAGCUUUUGUAUAUCUUACAAUAAUUAUUCUGUUUUCCUAAAAUGCAAAGCCUUGGAAGACAUAAGAAAUCACCCCUCACAUAUUUAGAUAGUGUGCUGAAAAGAGGCUGUAUGUGAGGUAUGAUGCACUUGUUCAGUUAUAAUCUUGUAUUCCUGCUGAAAAAAAUAUCAUGCUUAAAGACAAAUCCAAGG